AUGGCAUUUAAAGACAUUAAAAUCCAAGACGACGAAAUUCUACAAGACACAUUUUACCAACCAAACGAGACAACAUUUACUUAUACAGUACUUUUUAAUCCCUCUUUUAAAACCACACCUAUACGUCAGUAUAUUGUCGAUAAAUUACUUGCCCAAUCCUUAUAUUGGGAAGACACAGGAUUGCGAGCCGAUGAAGUUUGGACACGGACAAAAUAUUCGAAGGCACAGCGUGCAGUGGCUGAUAAAGUCUGGGAACACAUUGGUGUAGUAUCAACUAAAAAGUUGGAAAUAGAUAAAUUAAUCAAUACAGAAAAUGAUAAAAUGCAAGAAAAACUGAAAAUUACAAACAUGAUUCCAUCGUGUUUAGACAUUUACUGCUCGAAUGCAACAGAUAAACAAUACUACAAAGAUCUUUUGCACGAUAUAACUAAUUCCUUCACAGAUAAAAUUGUUCGAGCUGUUGUAAUACCCGAAGAAAUCGAAAAAUUUGUACCAAUUGCCAAACGACUUGAUCCUUAUUCUAAAUCUAACGUUUGGCACUUAUUUCGUGAGCAACAAUCGGCAUGUAAGUAA